AUGGAGCUCGCGUACACCAAGACAACCUCCGAAGUGCUGAAGCGCUUUUCAGUGUCUGAACAGCAGGGGCUGACGGAGGCGCAAGUAAAGCAAUCAAGGGAUACACAUGGUCGCAAUGCAAUCGCAGAAGAACCCCCAACUCCUGUCUGGGAGCUUAUUCUCGAGCAAUUCAAAGACCAGCUCGUUUUAAUCCUCCUCGGAUCUGCGGCGAUAUCCUUCGUUUUGGCAUUAUUUGAGGAAGAUGGUGGAUGGUCUGCCUUUGUAGAUCCUGCAGUUAUCCUCACAAUUUUAAUUCUAAAUGCCGUCGUCGGUGUAUCCCAAGAGAGCAGCGCCGAGAAGGCUAUUGCCGCAUUACAGGAAUACUCAGCAAAUGAGGCCAAAGUCCUUCGAAAUGGCCACCUCACAAGGGUUAAAGCAGAGGAAUUGGUUCCUGGAGACAUAAUCUCGAUUGCCGUGGGGGACAGAAUACCGGCAGAUUGCAGACUCGUGGCUAUCCAGAGCAACAGUUUUUCAGUGGAUCAAGCUAUUCUUACCGGAGAGAGCGAGAGCGUUGGCAAAGAAAUCGACGCUGUGGAUGAUUUGAAGGCUGUAAAGCAGGACCAAACCAAUAUGCUUUUUUCUGGAACAACAGUGGUUACGGGACAUGCUACAGCCAUCGUUGUCCUGACUGGAUCAAAUACCGCUAUUGGCGACAUCCACGAAAGCAUCGUCGCGCAGAUCUCGGAACCUACCCCUCUAAAGCAAAAACUCAACGAUUUUGGAGACACUUUGGCGAAAGUUAUUUCGCUGAUUUGCAUUGCGGUUUGGCUUAUCAACAUCCCCCAUUUCAAUGACAAAUCCCAUGGAGGCUGGGCAAAGGGAGCUAUCUACUACCUCAAGAUUGCGGUGUCACUCGGUGUAGCGGCAAUUCCAGAAGGGUUGGCAGUUGUCAUCACUACAUGUCUCGCACUUGGUACGCGCAAGAUGGCUGCAAAGAACGCAGUUGUGAGAAGCUUGCCUUCCGUAGAGACCCUUGGAAGUUGCAGUGUGAUCUGCUCAGACAAGACGGGAACAUUGACGACCAAUCAAAUGAGCGUCAAUAAGGUUGUGUACCUUAACGAAGCUGGCAAUGGCCUAGAGGAGUUAAAUGUUGAGGGCACGACGUUUUCACCCUAUGGCAAGAUAACGGCCGACGGCAAGGAGGUCAUAGAUGUGGCCAAAAAGUCGAGUACCAUUUUCCAAAUCACAGAGGUUUCAGCAUUGUGCAACGAAGCACAGCUGGCCUUUGACUCCAAAACCGGGCUCUACUCAAACGUGGGUGAGCCCACGGAGGGCGCCCUCCGCGUUCUCGUGGAAAAGAUCGGCACCAACGAUGAAGCAGAAAACCGACUCAGGCAUGGCACUACCAACCAGGAUGCUCUUCACGCUAUCAGCUCUUGGUAUGAGACCAAAAACCCCCACCUCGCAACCUAUGAAUUCUCUAGAGAUAGGAAAAGUAUGUCUGUUCUGGUAGGGGACGAAAAACGGCAAAGAUUACUUGUGAAGGGAGCUCCUGAAACCAUCAUCGAUCGAUGCUCCCAUACCUUGGUAGGCGCGAACGGGAAGAAGGUGCCAAUGGCAAAGAAGCUCUCUGAAAUUCUGCUGAAGGAAGUCGUGGACUAUGGUAAUCGCGGCCUUCGUGUAAUUGCUCUGGCUAGCAUCGACGAUGUUGCAUCCAACCCUCUUUUGAGGAAAGCAAAGUCCACGUCUGACUACUUAAAGCUUGAGCAAAACAUGACAUUCCUUGGAUUGGUAGGCAUGGAGGAUCCUCCACGCCCAGAAGUUGCGGGAUCUAUUCGAAAAUGUAAGGAAGCUGGCAUUCGAGUUAUUGUUAUUACGGGCGAUAACCAAAAUACUGCUGAGACCAUCUGCCGUCAAAUCGGUGUUUUUGGCCCUUACGAAGAUCUGACAGGAAAGAGUUACACUGGCCGAGAGUUCGACCAGCUUAGUGAUAGCGAGCAAUUGAAUGCUGCCAAGAACGCCUCUCUCUUCUCCCGAGUCGAGCCAAACCACAAGUCGAAGCUAGUCGAUCUUCUUCAAUCACACGGAGAAGUCGUGGCUAUGACUGGAGAUGGUGUCAACGACGCCCCUGCGUUGAAGAAAGCCGAUAUUGGAGUAGCGAUGGGAUCCGGCACUGACGUCUCGAAAUUGGCUUCCGACAUGGUGCUCGUUGACAACAACUUUGCCACGAUUGAGGUCGCAAUUGAAGAGGGUCGCUCCAUCUAUAACAACACUCAGCAAUUUAUUAGAUAUUUGAUCUCAUCAAAUAUUGGCGAAGUCGUGUCUAUCUUUUUGACUGCCGCUAUGGGAAUGCCAGAAGCCCUAAUUCCGGUCCAACUACUCUGGGUCAACCUCGUCACCGAUGGUCUUCCUGCCACCGCGCUUUCGUUCAACCCUCCUGACAAUGAUAUCAUGAGAAGACAACCACGAAAGCGCGAUGAGCCGCUCAUCGGUGGCUGGCUCUUCUUCCGGUAUAUGGUAAUUGGCAUUUAUGUUGGUUUGGCGACCGUCGCUGGAUAUGCUUGGUGGUUUAUGUUCAACGCCGAGGGUCCUCAAAUCACAUUCUGGCAACUCUCCCACUUCCACCGUUGUUCAACACAAUUCCCUGAGAUUGGCUGCGAAAUGUUCACCAACGAUAUGGCAAAGUCGGCUUCAACUGUCUCACUGUCAAUUCUUGUUGUCAUCGAGAUGCUCAAUGCCAUGAACGCGCUCUCAUCCAGCGAAUCGCUUCUUACCCUUCCGCUAUGGAAGAACAUGAUGUUGGUCUACGCCAUUACCCUGUCAAUGGCUCUGCAUUUUGCCCUGCUGUACACUCCGGUCCUGCAAACUCUGUUCUCGAUUUUGCCGUUGAACUGGAAUGAGUGGUAUGCGGUCUUGUUGAUCAGCGCACCUGUCAUUCUCAUUGAUGAAGUCCUCAAGUUUGUAGAGAGGCAGCUCUUUAUCCAAAAGAGUACUCUGAUCGAGCCAAGGCCGAAGGAGGAGUAA